AGUGUCACCCAAUAAGCAGGAAACAAACUGUUUCUAUUAAUAUGACAGUGCAGGGGAGUUAUUUGGUGAAAGCUGUUCAUGAGAAGAGUCUAAAUUCUGUGGGGUAGAAAGAAAGGCUUUGACUCCAAAAAGUAAGAAGAGCCUUUCAAAAAAGGGCAGAUGUUUUGUGCUGUGGGGUGAGUUGAUGCAACUGUUCUCAAACUUCACAAUUAUGGAUGGAGUUGUCUCACCCUCAGAAUCAGCAAUGUCUGGAUUCCACUCCACGUGUGAGCUGUUGAUUGUCCAUUCUUGCGAGGCUCAGGAAUGGGCUACAUAUCUGCAGAAGAUCUUGAAGUCGUCACGCAAGUUUCCCAAAAGGUCUAUCGUAUUGUAUGCAGUUGACAGUGCUGACCAGCUACAUGGAUGCGAACUGAACAUUUUCUAUAAUAGUAAAUGCAUCGUGCUGCUGCUGACAACAGCAAUCCUGGACAUUCUAAAUGACCCUGAAGUCCUGGGAACUUUUCAGAGACUCCUUCAUCCUCCACACAGAGUGGUGGCGCUGUUGUGUGGGAUGUCGGGCGAUGACGUACCCACUGAAUGGUUUGAAAACUGGCAGAGCUGGAGAAAACUGUAUGCUGAAGACGAACCUGCUCUUUACAUCUCCACCAUUCUAGAAUCCAUCGCUGACUGUAAUACAGAAGAGGCUGAACAUGAGGCGGAAGCUACAGCAAAAACAGAAGCAAAAACAGAGCGCGAAAUCCCUGUGGUUAUGAACCCCAAAGCUGAGGGGACAGAGGAAGAGUCAGUAACAGAACCAGAGUGUGUCCAGGAUGACAAUGACGAUGUGAGAACAGAGAUCCACCCAAACCAGGAAAUGAGCCCCACACAACCCACCUGCCUCACUGUUCAACCAAACAGAGUUUUAUGCGGGGACCAUGCAACUAUUUUUAUAAUCUUUUCUAAUAAACUGGACAACCAGUUGAAAAUGGAGGUGGUGUUUGCCUCUGAAGAUUCAACUGCAAAACGGGUUCUAGGGAUUUUGGAGAAUGAAUACACUAUCAGUAUUAAUGCGCCUGAUAUGCCAGCAGGAGAGGUGUCACUCACUCUGUAUAGCAACGACUCACCAGUCUGUUUGAGGCCUGUAACAUACUACACAGCCAUGGGAGAAAUCAGCCGUUAUCUUCAACAUGCAGCUGCUCCCCUGAACUUUAUGUGUCAGGCAUUCAAUUUAACAUCCAAUACCACAGAGUCACUUGACAAUUUGCUGACAGACUCAUUACAAUGCAGGAUCCCUGCAAGUGGACUCCAUGUGUUUGGAAUCAGACAGCUAGAGGAAGACAAUAUGGCUGCAUAUCAGCGAAAGGAGGAGCUUCCCACUCUGCUUCAUUUUGCAGCAAAGUACGGGCUGAAGAAGCUGACAACAGUCCUGCUACAGUGUCCAGGUGCCUUACAGGCCUACAGCGUGAUGAAUAAGAAUGGAGAUUACCCAAAUACACUGGCAGAGAGGAGUGGCUUCUCUGAACUGAGACAGUUCAUAGAUUACUUUGUGGAGACAGCUGGCACGGCGGAAGAAGAUGAGGAGGUGUACGAGUCCAACUCUUCUCAAGACAUCAUGAAUGACUCCCUAAACCCUGGGUGUCAAGAAGACAUCUACGAGACCAUGUCCAACUCUUCUCAAGACAUCAUGAACGACUCCCUAAACCCUGGGUGUCAAGAAGACAUCUAUGAGACCAUGACCGAGUUAAACCAUGACUCCGGGGAAGACCUAUAUGAGGACAUGGAGAAGGCUUUAGGAGAGUCUCAUAACCCGGAGGAAGUCAUACUUAGAACAUUUUUUCAAGGUAAACCUGAUGCAGGUGUGCCCCAAGUUGGGGAGGAUACAACUGAUGAAGAGGUGGGAGACCAGGUGGAAGAACCAGAGGGGUUUGAGGACGAAGAACUUUACAACAUGUGUGUUUCUGAUCAAAUCUAUGACACGUUGGACGAGAGUGCAAGCUAUCUCCCGGAAAUUGUCAACCGUCCACCAGCCCCCAUUCCGAGACCUGUAACAUUUUCAGAGCCUGAGGAGUCCAAGACGUACAUUUCAAGAGUGUUUUCAGCAAAAGAAGAAUCAAGUCCACAGACGGACCUCAGAGAAACAGAGUCGUUCACUGUGAGGCCUGUGAGAGAUGGAGCCUCCACCUCCUCUUCCCACGACCCCUAUGCUGAGGUGAAGACUCAAGGCCAGAGGCAGCUCAUAGCCUUGCAGGAGAAGGUGAAGGUGGGGGUCCUGAGUGUGGAUGAUGCUGUCAAGGAAUUCAAGGCCUGGCAGUUUGAUGAGGAUAGGAGAUCUCAGUCUCUGCGUAAUCAACAGGAAAAUUUGAAGAGGUUACGAGGCAGCAUUACCAGACGCCACAAAGAGAGGGAGAAGAUUGGGAAGGAGAUCGGUCUGGAGAUAACCGCCCCACUACAGAGGAACCUUCCCUGGGGCGCCAACAUGGCUGUGGAGUGUUCUGUGUACGAGUCCACCCCACGGGUCAUUGCCCAACCCCCUCCUGUGAUCCGGUCAAGCCAGAGAGACACCUGGAAGACUGGCAGUACCUCCAGCACAUCCAGUACUGGCAGUAACAGACUCAGCACACAUAGUACGAUUAGCUACAGCAGUGGAACUGAGCCUGACAUUGAGGACACAGCAGACUUCCUCCCUCUACCCCCACUCCCUCUACCCCCACUCCCUCUACCCCCACGGCCCGCUGAGGCCGCACCUCUACCUCCUCCCCCCAGAAUCCCACCACGACUCCCAGACCGGGCUGUUGAGAGUUUGCUGGAGGAGCGUUACGUGUCAUACCCCUCUCGAGCUCUCCCUCAGAGACCACCUCAGAGGAACAACUCUCCCCCUCUCAUACCCCGGAGAACACGAUGACACACAGUUCUGCUGUUAUAGCAUUUCAAAUGACUGCCCUCUAAAAUAUCUGUCAGGAACAAAUCAGGCAGUGUUACUUACAGUAUUCAUACCCCUUGACUUAUUCCACAUGUUGUUGUGUUCCAGCCUGAAUUCAACAUUUUUUUUUGAACCAUCUACAUACAAUACCCCAUAAUGACAAAGC